UGUUUAUAUAUAGUCAAAAUUUGAAGGAACGAAUUAGAAGUUAUAUAUAGCAUCGCAUCGACUUUUAUCAAAAUGGAAAAGUUAGGCAAGGCUAAAAAGGUGGCUCGAGAGGAGAAACAGCGCGAACAGAAGCUGGAAGAGCUGGUGCUGAAGUCCCUCGACGAGUGCCACACGAACGAGGACAAAGUGAAGAUGCUGAUGCAACGGCAGGUGGAGAGCGAGAAGAACGUGGGCCGGCUGACGGCCGAACUGCGGGUGGUGCAACGCCACACGGAGGGGCAGCAGCGCGAGAAGGAGGCAAUGCAGCGUGAACUCAACAAGUGCAUCCUGAUGCGCGACAAGCUGCAGGAGGUGUGCCGCGAGCAACAGCGCAUCAUCAAGUCGGUGAAGAACGAGAGCAUGCUGCAAAUCAAGGUGGAGGAGGAGCGCCGCAAGGAGAGCCAGAUCAAGUUCCAGAGCUCGCUGAACGAUGUCCAGAAGUCGCUGUCCAAAAACAACGAGGAGAACAUCAAGUUGCGCGAUUACAACAUCGAAAUGACCAAAAAGUUAAAGCUGCUGGCGGAGCAGUACCAGACGCGCGAACAGCAUCUGGAGAAACUCAAUGAGCAGGUGCAGCUGGAGGCGCAGCUGCAUCAGGCCAGGCUCAGCAAGGCCCAGGUCGAGGCGGCCAUGGAGAAGGAGAUUCUCAAAAAGGAGAACCAAAUUGGACUCGAAAAGCUGAUUCAGGCUCAGCGCAGCAUCAAGGAUCUGACCGAUCGCGAGCACCAGUUGAAGGAGCAGCUGAACAUCUACAUGGCCAAAUACGAUGACUUCCAGCAGUCGCUGACCAAGUCGAACGAGGUCUUCGGCAGCUACAAAAUCGAACUGGAGAAGAUGUCCAAGCACACAAAGAAGGUCGAAAAGGAGUCGCUGGGCUGGCGCCAGAGGUACGAGAAGGCCAAUGCCAUGGUCAUCGAAUUGGCCACCGAGAAGCAGAUGCGCGACCAGCAGUCGGACCGCCUGGUCAAGCAAGUCACGCAACUGCAAAAACUUUUGCGUGCCCUGCAGCUGGAGCGAACGACUCUGCACAAGAGCCUCCGGGAGAACAACAUUGAGAUUCCUCCUCUGCCACAGCUGCCGCCAGAGCCGGAGGCAGUAAAGAUUACGCCCAUCAACACGGACAAGGCCAAGAUGGAGCUGAUGAGCCGAAACUGCGCCGAGCUGAAGCAAACUUUAACCAACUUGCAGAACCAAAUGAAACUGCUGACCACCGCUGAGGCCAAGACAGCCAUUGAGGAGAAGAACAAGGCGGCCGAGGAUCAGCAGAAGCUGGCCAAUGCCAAGAAGAACAACAAGAAGAAGGAGAAAAAGUCCAAGGCCAAGGCAGCGGCAGCAGCUGCUGCAGCAGCAGCCGCGGCAGGCGCAUCAAACGAAGAACUGCCCGAAGUUGAUGGGGCUGCUGCUGCAGAAACUACUUCCAACGGGGAGACACCUGAAGAGAAGUCUGAAGAGGCCGCCGACGAGCCGCCAACUUCAACAGAAGAUCCGCAACCGUUAGAGCAAGCUGUGGAGGCGGUCAUCGACCUGCAGGAAGCUGCCGGAGAUGCCAGCAAAGUGAAGCACACCAAGGAUGCACAGGAGCAGACUGCUCCUAUUCCAAAAGUGGCAGAGUCUCCGAGGACCGUGGGCGAUGGCGAUGGCCCCCAACCUGCUGAACCCAACGAUCUUGCAGCAGUGCCAGCCCUAAUCGAUGUCGAUUAGAUCCUUCGACUGUCGACUGCUCUACACAUCUCACAACUAGCCCUCCACCCUCAAAGCAUUUUGUGUCAUUCAGUCUCCACCAACCGGCAUGCUGCAUAAAUAAGAAGAGCCACAAAUUUUGUACUAGUUAUUUAUUGUAGUUUAUAUUGUAUUUAUUUAAAGGAGUGUCUUCGAUUAUCGAUCAUAUGUGUGUUGCUAUACAACAUCAAAUUUUAAAUUGAAUAAACGUGUUUCCUAUCAACGUGAAUUGUGUCACAGCAAAGCUAAUAGCAAGUAGCUCACUUGUG